AUGGAUGAUCAAUAUUUUCUUCGUCGUGCUGCUAUUUCUGACAUUAAUACACUAUCUCAACUUGCUCAAAAAACUUUCCGAGAAACAUUUAUAGAGGAUUUAUCUAUUCCUUAUCCUGAAAGUGAUCUUGAUACUUAUUUUCGUUCAUCAGCUAGUUCAGAAUUUUUUGCUAAGACAAUAACUGAUUCAAAACGAGCUGUUUGGGUAAUACAAGAUAAAACAAAUGGUCAAAUUGUCGCUUAUGCUAUUGCUGGUCUUUGCAAUAAUAUUCCUCAUCCUGAUGUUUGUUCCGAUCAAGAUGGACAACUCAAUCAGUUAUAUGUCCAACGUGAUCAGCAAAAUCAUGGUUUUGGUCAACAAUUAAUGAAUGUUGUAUUAUCCUGGUUGAAUGAACAUUACCCGAAACGACCUAUUUGGCUUACCGUGUGCUCUAAUAAUUUGAAAGCACAAAAGUUUUAUACAUACUAUGGUUUCAAUAAAGUCGGUGAAUUUAAAUAUCCGGUCGGAAAAUGGGAAGAUGAUGAAUUUAUCAUGAAACGUCAAGCAGAUGCAUCAUAG